AUUUCCAGGUUUACUUUGUACUGCUGUGUAUCUGCAUCAGUGACAAUCCGUUUUGCUUGCUCCAAGAGCACUCAGUACAGUGGGACAGACAGGGACACUUGUAGGUGGGAACGGACAGGAUGCUUGUGGAAGGAGUGCUGUCCUGGACCAGUGCGAGCAGCUGUCCCAGGGCUGACUCUCUUGCACUUCUAAAACCACCGCAUCUCCCCACAGUCUGUGCUUGCUGCUGACCACAUCAUCUCGAGGGCAGCUGGGUGAUUUAUUACAGGCUGUAAGAGCCCUCGGGGUAGGCAAGAGACAAGAAGGGCUCCAUGUCUUCUGUGAACUCCACCGGCUCCUCCCAACCCCCCACCUUCUCCUGCUUGGCUCCUGGGAUGGAGAAGGAGCAGUUCUGGAUUGCCUUCCCCUUCUGCAUCAUGUACGUCAUAGCUGUGCUGGGGAACAUCAUCCUUCUCAUCGUCAUCAAGACAGAGUCAAGCCUGCAUGAGCCCAUGUACCUCUUCCUGGCCAUGCUGGCCUUCACUGACCUGGUCCUCUCUACAUCCAUGUUGCCCAAAAUGCUCGCCAUCUUCUGGCGGGGCUCUGGGGAGAUUGGCUUUAUUUCCUGCCUUGUUCAGUUGUUCUUUGUCCACAACUUCACCGCAGUGGAGUCAGGUGUGCUCAUGGCCAUGGCCUUGGAUCGCUACUUUGCCAUUUGCCAUCCCCUGCGGCACUCCAGCAUCCUCUCCAUGCCGGUGGUGGCAGCUCUGGGGAGCCUGGUGCUGCUGCGUGGAGUCCUCAUGGUGAGUCCUGCCUGUUUCCUGCUACGUAGGAAGGACUUCUGCCAUCAUCGUGUCAUCUCCCAUUCCUACUGCGAACACAUGGCCGUGGUGAAGCUGGUAUGUGAGGACACCAGAGUCAAUGCUGCUUAUGGACUCUUUGUGGCUUUUGCAGUGAUAGGAUUUGACCUUACAGUGAUCGCUGUGUCCUACACUAUGAUCUUGAGGGUGGUACUGAAGCUGUCAGCCUCAGACACACAGCUGAAGGCCUUUAAUACAUGUGUAUCCCACAUCUUUGUCAUGCUUACAUUUUACGUCCCUGCCAUAUUCACCUCUCUCACCCACCGUUUUGGACACAGCAUCCCUCAGCAGAUCCAUAUAUUGGUGGCCAACCUCUACCUUCUGUUGCCCCCCACGUUAAACCCCAUCAUUUACGGGGUCAGAACCAAGCAACUCAGGGACAAGAUAGCUGUCCUUUUACAGCAGAAGGGAAUCUGAUCCGUGUCUACGUGCCAUUCACUGAGCGUGUAAGUAUUAGCAAAUUCUAGUAAAUUUAUGGAGUGAACUCUCUGACCCCUUAUUUUGAGAAAUACCCCUUUUUAAUGCAUGGUGUGCAUGCAAAGCAUUCCUGCGGAAAUCAUAGAAUUACCCAGGUUGGAAAAGACCUUGAAGAUCAUCAAGUCCAACCGCAGCCUAACCAGUACCCUAA